UCCACUAUACACUGGCAUAUGACAUUGUAACUCAUAUUAAAAUGGGAAAGGUAUUAUUUUAUCUAAUAUGAAGUGCUCUAUGAUGUGAACUUACUUAACAUGUUGGCAAAAUCCUAGAUAUUUUUCCAGUAAUAUUUCAUAAUAUUUGUAACCUCUAAAACAUAGUUUUUCAGUUGAUGUAACAGCUUUGUGCCAAUACUCAAUAUUUUUUCUUCAUUAUAGAUAAUCUUCUACGAAGAGAGGGACUUCCAGGGUCACUCCUAUGAGUGCAGCAGUGACCACAGUGAUUUGCAAUCUUUUUUCAGUCGUUGCAACUCUGUUCGGGUUCUAAGUGGCUGUUGGAUUAUUUAUGAGCGUCCUGGGUAUAUGGGGUUUCAGUACUACCUCAAACGAGGUAACUAUCCAGACUACCAAAACUGGAUGGGCUACAAUGAUUCUGUCAAGUCCUGUCGCAUGAUUCCACAGGUAUGCCUUUCUUUCUGUAGUUAUUAUCAUUUUUGGUAUUUAUAUAGGGCCAACUUAUUCCACAGCACCCCACCCCCCCUCCCCUCCCCCCCACAGACACUCAAUAUUAAAAAAAGGGGGAAAUGUAACAGUAAAUGAGACAAUCGCAAAAUGUUACAGGAACAAUAGGUUAAUAAGGACCCUACUCAAACGAGUUCACAGUCUAAAGUGUUUGUUUUGACAUUAAGAAACUCUUGGGGGGAAAAAAAAAGAAUUUGAAGUAAUUGUAGAUGCACAGCUUCUUUAUACAUAUAUUUUCAAUAGCUACUGCUAGAUUAUGAUUGAUAGAACCCACCAAAUGCCUAGUACACAUCAGCAAACUCCUGAAGAACGAGAAGGUAAUCCAGCUGUGCCACCUUAAUGUGCACUGGGAUAGCGUCUGGCCCUCUGCAACAGUAUCUGACACCUGCUGAAUCAAGCAGCUCAUCUAGUACAUGAGAUUGUGAUUGGUAGAUGAGGUUGUGUGUGUAUAUGUGCCAGUAAGAUGUUUUGAGUACCUCUGUAUGUGUUAUAGAGUAAAUGUCAGUUAUUACAUUCAUUCCUCAAAGAGAUUAAAUGUUUUUUCUUUCUAAGGGCCAAAGGUGGAUUUAAAAAGUGAAUCCCGUUUUGCUAAAAUAUAUGAAUACAAAUAUAUUUCUGAGAGUAUUAUGCAUGUGUGUAUGUCUUAUCUUGUAAAUGUUAUUUAGGGCAGUUGAAUGUGCCUGUUUGGCACGUGUGGGUGAAAAUAUGUGUAAGUUAUGUUUUAAAUUUGGGUGUCAUGAUGUGUAGCCUAGGGUAGCUCAAAUUUAAAUACACCUUUGAGGAUUUUCCAUAUUGGCGUAAGGCAUACAUAUGGUCUUUAGGAACAAGAUUGGGAUGAAGGCAAAGUUCAUGUGGUCCUUAAGGGGUUAAAUUUAACUUUAUGUACUUAGUGGCACUUCAUUUAACAUCACAACAGAUUGUAUAUGUGAAGACCACAACUCAGAAUAUUUAUUGCAUUAUUGAUGUGUUUUCUUUAAUUUUUUUUAUUAUUGAUUAUGACAUCAGUAAGUUUCAUGAGAUUGUUAUAGGAAGAUAUGCAUUAGGAUAAUGGGAAUACAUCAUUGUAAAUAACAAUUACCAACUCAUCUGGAACUAGCCUUCAAAAGUAUUCAUAAAGUUUAUAUAAACGCACACGCGCAAACAAGAAAAAAGUGGCAAAAAGAACACAUAAUGCCACAAAUGUAACUUAUUACUUUCUUACAACAAUAAAAAGAGAGAGUAACUGUGUGCACACAUACAAGACUUAUUAUAAUAAUAUUAUGUUUGUUAUAAUUAUAAAUGUAGUGUAUUACGUUUUAUUACAACAAUAGAGAGGAAAACGUAUGUAUGAACAAAAGGUGUAUCAUACUAAAUCAUACCAAAAUUGUAGGAAAGGCAAAAGAAAAUUGGUGGUAAUGAGAAAAAAUAAUUUUAGGGGUUAGCACAGAAAAACUAAUGCUAUACUAUUUUUUUUUUUUUUUUUAAACCAAGUCAUGACUCCCUUCAGUAUCCCUUUUGAAUAAAACAGAAAUAUGUGGAGGCGACGAGGCAUGGUGCUGGAAUAGAAUUUGUCAAGUUGGACUUGUUUGUUUGCAUUUGGAAAUAAAGAAUUGACUGAAAAGGAAAAGCAGACAACACAAUGGAUUGUCUAAAUAUAGGAGUGUUUUUGUAUGACAUAGGUGUGUGUAAAUGCAAGGGUGUAUUUGUGUGUAGUGCUGGUGUUUCAAUGCAUAGGUGUAUUUAUGUUAGUGUUGGCUCAUUGAGGCACAAGUGUAUUGUGUGUAGUGUUGGUGUUAAAAUGCACAGGUGUAGUGUCUGUGUGUUAAUGUAGACAUGUUUUUAUAUGGUUACUAUGUGCUGUCAUUGAUAUGUGUGGAAAGCAGAAGCAUUGGUAUAUUUUGGUUUUGUGCUGCCCUAGGCAUGACAAAACAUGGACACCUCCACCCAAUCAAAAUUUCUCUUCCUGUUUAAAACCAACACGCUCUUUGCCUGACAGACACACACCCUCACUGAUGCCUACACUGACAUACACUCACUGACAGAUACACAGUCAUUAAAUGUAGAAAGUAAUCCAGGCACUCCAAACAGGUUCCAAUGUUAAGGCAAUUUAUUUGAACCAGGAACUACAUAGCAAUGUUUCAGCCCUGACAGGGCUUUUCUCAAGCUACAUUUAUCUAUUAUUGGUCCUAUUGAGUACUGGGACGUUCCAUGAAGCACCCUGGAUUCCAAAUUGAGGGGUAGAGUGCACUUCCACUUCUAUUUAGAUACACAGUCAUUGGCACAACUGUUUAGCCAACACACACUUUCACUGUAACACGCAUUCACUUGCAGACACAUACACACUCACUGACUCAGUUACACUCACUCAAAGUUACACACACUCACUUACAGAAAUGCAUUCAUACUAACUGACAGACGCACACUCAGUGUGAGAGACACACAUCGACAGACAUACACACUCACUGACAAACAUACACACUCUCGGUUACAGACACACUGACAGACACACACUGAUGCACUCUUUUUAUUUCACUCCACCCAGCCUCCCUACCUUUGGGAGUGCUGGAGAGGAUGCUUUAUUUCCCUGGGGUCCAGUUGGGAUCCUUUUAGUGCCAAGUGGCCGGUCAAUGGAGGCUGUGUAUGAUCUUCCUGCUCAGCUCUCUCACAUGCUGCUAAGUGAUGCGGAGACGUCAUAUCCCGGCUCCAGCAUCUCUGAGGGGUACGUGAGAGCUGGGCAGGAAGAGCUCAGGUGACCGGGUUCCCUCGCUGACCACCUCCAACAUGAGCAGAGGCCAGCCUUGUGGGCCCCUAGGAUGGCCAGCAGGCCAGCUCUUGGGCCCUUCAGGACAAAAGCCUGUCAAGGCAUCCAACAGUGCAUUUGGGGUCUGAUGUUUUGUCUUCCCCCCACAAAAGUGCCGCCCAAGGCCUCUCACUAAAUACAGUGCUGAGCACAAGGACACAUGUGGGAGGUCUUUGCUGCUUUCCAUUGUCAAGUUGGAGAAAUUUUUAAAUAUGUUUUUCCCCUAGUCUAUAAAUUUGCUUGCAAACUUGCUAUAGAUAAACCUUGAUAGAUGAAAUGUUAUGCAAUUUCAAAAUAACAUGUUAUUGGUGACAAUACACUAACUUAAACAUACACAAACACUGACCAAUAUGGACACACUCACUGUCAACGCAUUGACCCCCCCCCCCACACACAUCUACUGACCCAUAUAGACACGCACACAAACACUGACAAAUACAUAUACACACAAACUGACCCAUAUGGGCAUGCACACAAACACAGAUCCAUAUGGUCAAACACAGAUUAACCCAUAUGAACACACAGACUAAGCCAUACACACAGUCACUGACAAACUCACUCACUGACCCAUACAGAGUGCAAACUCACCAGCAGCUGCCAGUAUUGUGACAGAGGUCAACUGUUGUUCAGAUAGAAGAGCUCUUGGCUGCCACUACACCUUUCUGGCUCCUCUUACCUCCCCAACAUGCCAAUUUUUGUUUGCGCAACUGCAGCAGUUACACUUCCCAUAUGCUGACACAGGUUGCUCUUUAUGACUUGGUUCUCUAUGUGCUGUAAUCACUUCUUUCCAGCACAGUUGCUGCACAAGGGAACAACUCAGUGUAGUUGCCAACAAUGCGAGACAUAUCCUGGGACCCAUUUUUGCCAGGACGAGAGCCCAAAACAAGGUCCUAUUAAAACUGGACAGUUGGCAACUAUAGCAUCUAUAGCCAUAUGCUGCCUGUGUGGACAGUAGGUUUGACAGCCCUGUUCUAAAGUGUAAAUAGCAGUUGUGACUUUAAGUAACACUUCAUUAGCUAGUGUAUAGAUUUAUGUUGGUUUUUUUGUUGCAGAUAAUAUUGCAUGAAUAAUCUGUAUUUAACAUUGUCAAAUCAUAAUGUUUACUCCUUACCUUUUAUUUCUUAUAUUUUUUGCAUGCUUGAUAAUAUAUGAUCUACUAAGCAAUAUUUGUAAUUUAAUUACAUUGUGUUUGUGCAGUUUUCAUACAUUUUGUGCUUGUAUUUUAUGAAUUAAAAUACAAACUAAUACAAUAAUAGAGUGCAAUACAUUACUAUCUAAUACUAACUAAAACAAAAUACAAACAGAGCACUUGAGAAAUCGAGCAUAACUUUUUCUUUUCAUAUUUUGCAGUAUGAAAUAUAAUCCAUACAGGUUCCCUUACAAUUCAUAGUUAUGACUACCAGACUGUUGAGGAACAAAUUUCUAAGCCAGAAGCCGUUAGUCACUGAUAUAAUACCUGCUAAAAAUUUCAAACAGUACUGGAAGUUUCAAUGAGUCACAUCAUCACUGCAGUUAGGGAGGUGUAGCACUAAAUAGACUAUCAUUUUACUAUCAGCAUUAUAUUAUCAAUCCAGAGAUGGUUAAAAAUUGCAGUAAAAGUUUUAAAUAUCUUUAUUUUACAUAGUUACAUAGUUACAUAGUUACAUAUCUGAAAAGAGACUUGCGCCCAUCAAGUUCAACCUUCCUCACAUAUGUUUAUGCUGUUGAUCCAAAAGAAGGCAAAAAACCUUCUUGACCCCAAAAUAGCAGUCAGAUGUCUCCUUGGAUCAAGCAGCUAUUAUCCCACUAAUUAGAAAUUAUAUUCCUGUAUGUUAUGUUUUUGCAAGUAUUUAUCCAAUUGCAGUUUAAACAUCUGUAUAGACUCUGACAAAACCACCUCUUCAUGCAGAUAAUUCCAUAUCCUUAUUGCUCUUACUGUAAAAAAAAAAAAUUCUUUGCCUUAGACUAAAUUUCCUUUUGUCCAGACUAAAUGUGUGACCUUGUGUCCUAUGUAUAGCCCUGUUUAUGAAUAGAUUUCAAGAUAAAGGUUUGUACUGGCCCUGAAUAUAUUUGUAUAAUGUUAUCAUAUUCCUUCUCAGGCGCCGUUUUUCCAAACUAAACAGAUUUAAAUUUUUUAACCUUUCUUCGUAACUAAAAUGCUCCAUUCCUGUUAUCAAUUUUGUAGCUCGUCUCUGCACUUUUUCUAGUGCCAUGAUAUCUCUCUUUAGAACAGGUGCCCAAAAUUGCACAGCAUAUUCAAGGUGUGGUCUUACCAGCGAUUUAUAAAGAGGCAAAAUUAUAUUUUCAUCCCGAGAAUAUAUGCCACUAUUUAUACAUGACAAAACCUUACUGGCCUUAGCAACUGCAGAUUGACAUUGCAUAUUACUGUUUAAUUUGUUGUCUAUAACAAUUCCCAAAUCCUUCUCGUGUGUGGUUAUCCCUAAUUCACUACCAUUUAGUGUGUAAGUUGCUUGUGCAUUCUUAACCCCAAAGUGCAUAAUUUUGCAUUACUCUGUGUCAGGGCCGGACUGGGAGAAAAAUUCGGCCCGGGCAUUUUUUUAUCACAGCGGCCCACUAAGAAGGGAGUGGGGCAGAGAGGUUGUGUUUCGUCAUCACCAAUGACAAACACGCCCCCUCUCAAAGUGAGCAUGUUGGUUCAAUGCUCUUCCAGGGCAGACCAUGCGCAGAACUCUGCUAAAGAGCUCUAGCAUGAUUAAAAAAGCCCUGUAUUUGUUCUGCACAGUGCAAGCAAAUUUAAUAACAUGCUUGCACUCUGUUUCCUUGCAACUUGUCUCUGGUGUCUCUAUAAAUGGAUACCCUGAGACAAAAGGGCCAGGAAAGAGUAUUAUGCAUGUGUUUGGAGCCUGCUUGUGGGAUUGCGUGUGGGUAGAGUGAGCCGAUUGUGGUGUGUGGUGUCGGUUUUAGUCGUGUUGUGUUUGUGGUGUAAUGUGAUGCAUAUAUGGCUAGGCGCUGUAGAGAAUGUGUGUAUAGGGGAUGUAGUAAGUGUGUGCAUACAGGCUAUAGUGUGUGUGUGUGAGUAUAUAGGUGACGUAGUGUUUGUAGGGGUUGUAGAUAGUAUGUGUUUCGGUGUGUAGUAUGUGUUUGUUUACAAUGAAUCUAGUGUGUUUAUAAGUGGUCCAGAGUGUGUAUUUUAGGAAUGUAGUGUGUGUGUGUGUGUGUGUGUGUGUGUGUGUAGAUGGUGCAGUGUGUGUGUGUGUGUGUAUACAGGAGUCUAGUGUGUUUGAAGGACCCAGAAUGUGUAGGAGAUCUAGUGUGUGUGUGUGUGUGUAUAUAAUGGAUUCAGAGUGUAUAAAGGGAUCUAGUGUGCGUAUAUGAUCCAUAGUUGGGUAAGGGAUCUAGAGUGUGUCUGGAACGUAAUGUGUUUAGGAGUGCAGUAUGUGUGUGAGGGGUGCUGUAGUAUGUGUGUGUGUGUAUGUGUGUAUGUGUGUAAAUGUAUAUGUAUGUAUAUAUAUAUAUAUAUAUAUAUAUAUAUAUAUAAUUAUAAAUAUGUUCGGAAGUAUUGUGUGUGUGUGUUUGGUGCAGUGGGUAUCUGUGAGGGAUGUAGUGUGUAUGUGAAGGGUGCAGUAUGUGAGUGCUGUGUGUGACGGGUGUGGGGGUGCUGUGUGUGAUGGAUGUGGGGGUGCUGUGUGUGAUGGGUGUGAGGGUGCUGUGUGUGUGAGAGUGCUGUGUGUGAUGGGUGUGAGGGUGCUGUGUGUGAGAGUGCUGGGUGUGAUGGGUGUGAGAGUGCUGUGUGUGAGAGUGCUGGGUGUGAUGGGUGUGAGAGUGCUGUGUGUGAGUGCUGGGUGUGAUAGGUGUGAGAGUGCUAUGUGUGAUGGGUGUGAGAGUGCUGUGUGUGAUGGUGUGAGAGUGAUGUGUGUAAUGGUGUGAGAGUGCUGGGUGUGAUAGGUGUGAGAGUGCUAUGUGUGAUGGGUGUGAGAGUGCUGGGUGUGAUGGGUGUGAGAGUGCUGUGUGUGAGAGUGCUGUGUGUGUGAGAGUGCUGUGUGUGUGAGAGUGAUGGGUGUGUGAGAGUGCGAUGGGUGUGAGAGAGUGAUAGGUGUGAGAGAGUGAUGGGUGUGAGAGAGUGAUGGGUGUGAGAGUGCUGUGUGUGUGAGAGUGCUGUGUGUGAUAGUGCUGUGUGUGAUAGUGCUGAGUGUGAUAGUGCUGGGUGUGAGUGCUAUGUGUGAAUAUUAUAAGGGAUUGUGUGUGUUUGGGUGGUAGAAAAUAAAAUUAAGCAGCGUACCGGGGGGACUGGUACGCUGGUGAGGGGGAGGGGGGACCGGCACGGUUACAUCAUCCCUGGUGGUUCAGUGUUGAGUGAACUCUAGUCUGCGGGCUAGAGUUCACUCUCGCGAGAUCGGGGCGUUGCGAUAGCAAUGCGCCAGAUCUCGCGAGAGGAACCCGGCGGAGCUGCAAGAUAGAGCUCCGCCGGGUCCUCUCCCUCCCUCCCCAGCCGCAGGUCAAUUUAAAUGGGCCGGUGAGGGAGAGCUUUGAUCUCCCCACCGGCCCUCCAUGGAAUACAGCGCCGGCCCUGCAUAGACCGGCAGGGGAGAUCCUGGGACCUCCCCUGCCGGUCUCUGCCCAUGGCCACCGCGGCCCACCGGGCAUUUGCCCGGUGUGCCCGAUGGCCAGUCCGGGCCUGCUCUGUGUUAAAUUUAAUCUGCCAUUUUAGUGCCUAGUCCCCCAAUCUAUCCAAAUCCCUCUGCAGCAAAGCAAUAUCCUGCUCAAAUUUUAUUACUUUACAAAGUUUUGUGUCAUCUGCAAACACUGAUACAUGGCUUUCAAUGCCUAUUUCAAGAUUUUAGAAAUAAUUAUCUAACUCUAUUUACUGUUUGUGGGCAUUAUGCUAAAAUGCUGGCAUUUUUACAUUUUGUUGCAAUAUUUUAGUAAGCUGCAAUGUGAUGAAUUCCUUCAGGGUCCUUGCAAGUACCUAUAAGCAAGGUAUUUGACCAUUUUAUACAAAUGUAUUAUAUUUCAUUGUUUUUAUACAAAAAAUUAAAACCCUGUGUAAGAUAUUGCAAGAUUAAUUACACUGUAUACUGUCUUCAAUUCACAUAUAUAAAUUUACAUAAUUGUAAUUUUGAAGUUUGUCUGCAAAGUGCCCACAAAUGUUAUGUUAUGAUAUAUUUAUAUACUAGCAAUGCAGCCAUUGCUUUAAAAAAAAAAGAUAUGCUAAUAUUUUACAAUUUUAAAGUUAACAUAGAGACUCGUGUUUAUUAGUUAUAAGAUAUUUUAAUUUUAAUAUUUUUAACAUUUCCAAUUUUAGCAUCAAGGUUCCUACAAAAUAAGACUCCAUGAAAAGGAAGACUUUAAAGGCCAUACGAUGGAGUUCUCAGAAGACUGUCCUCAUGUUUUUGAAAAAUUUCGUCAUCAUGAUGUUCACUCCUGUAAGAUUCUUGAUGGACAUUGGAUAUUUUAUGAACAGCCAAACUACAGAGGUCGUCAGUACUACCUGAGACCAGGAGAUUACAAGAGAUUCAAUGACUGGGGAGGAAUAAACAGCAGAGUUAGCUCUUUUAGAAGAAUCACAGAUUUCUACUAGACAAUAAUGAAAUUAUGCCUUAUCUAAAACUAAAUAAAAUGUUGCCUUAUCUAAAAGUGAAUAAAUUUUGAUUGCAUAAUUCAGACUACGUACUAUCUUCAUGAAAAUUAUUGGAGGUUUAUUGACUUUUCUAGAAAUUAAAAAGCAAAACUGUUGUAUUAUAUAUUAUUGAAAACAAGAAUCUAGCAUGCAUACUCACUGCGUGCCUGAUAGAAUUGAUCUUAACCUUUUUGAGUAAGAGAGACCCUUUUUAUUUUUAGACAUGACGUGGAACACACAUAAUAAAUAAAUCAUUUUAUCAUAUACCUCAAAUUCAUGUAUAUAUUUCCUUUC